UGUCUAUGUUUGCAAAUGUGCACUAAAUAUGCUAACGAUAUCCAUCUUACUUGACAAUCAAUGAUCACACGAGUUUUGAACGUUCUCCUCGCUCAUUGCGAUCAUAUACGCAACUGCGCGCAACUACGACGACUAUCGGAGUAACUGAAGUAUGCUCGCGCGGGCCUCACCAUCGCCUCACCUGGCAUGCUCAGCAUAUCGAUUUUGUACAGCAUCACGGGAGCGACCUGCAUCGACGUACACUGCCAUACACCGAGCUCUGCGGCAAGAUGACGAGGGAAGGCGGGACAGAUACCCAAAACCUGAUUAUGGCGCAAGGGGUACUUACAGAGAACGCCGGACAGAUGAUACAUCUAGGUCGAGGACGGCGAAUGAUUACAGCGAUGGGAACAGAUAUCAACGAGCACCCCGUCCCACAGCACAUAAGCCCGAGGGAAUCAGAAGGUCGGAAAGAAGCACAUACCACCACCAGAGACCUCGCGAUAACGACUCUUGGAGCUUGCCUGACAGGACGAAGUUUCCCACGGCGAAAACAAUAGAAACGGGUUACGUGGCCCCGGAAGAUCGUCAACACAGUAGGCCCUUGCCUCCUUGGGUGCGGAUUCCUUACACGACCGCUGCAUCGCAAUUCUUGUACGGUCAUUCGGCCGUGCUUGCGGCUCUGAAAUCAGGUCGCAGAAAGAUCUACCGGCUAUAUCUCCGCGUCAAACCAGAGGACAGGGGAGAGGAACACGAGGCAUUGACCAGAUGGGCUGCUAUGCGUGGCGCAAGGAUUGAGAAUUGCGGCUUCGAAUAUGACUCGAUAAUGUAUAAGCUCUCCGGUGGCCGACCGCACAACGGUAUCAUACUCGAAACUUCGCCACUACCCGUUCUUCCAAUCUCGCAUCUCGGCCCCGUAUCUUUGAAAGACGAGCAUUUCGACGUCGUCCCAGCACCCCAAACGAAAGAGGAACAAGAUGUCAACGGCACAGAAACCAGAUACGUGUAUCAGAGCAAUGGAUGGCGAUACCCAUUCCUACUAUAUCUGGACGGCAUAGCCGACGAAGGCAACUUCGGCGCUAUCCUACGCUCCGCCUAUCUCCUAGGCGUCGACGGCAUCAUCAUGAACGCCCGCCGCUCCGCGCCUCUCUCAGCCAUCACCGGCAAGGCAUCCUCGGGAGCCCUCGAAGCAGUGCGAUUGUUCAAAGUGGACAACCCAGAGGCGUUGAUCCAGCGCAGCCGCCAGGAGAGCGGCUGGAACUGCUUUGCAGCAGCCAUGGUAGCAGACGUCCACCAGGGCUUCCCGCGGAUCACCUUCGAGCCCAAGCGAGGACCCGACACGCCGCUCCAGGACGGACCGACGAUCCUGAUGCUGGGCAACGAAGAGACCGGGCUCAGCAAACACAUGAUCAGGAUGGCGCAGAACCGUGUCUCAAUCACGACCGCAGCCCCAAUCGACCGGGUCAAUAUCGAACUCGACUCGUUCAAUGUCAGCGUCGCGUCGGCCUUGCUCUGCAUGAACUUCAUGCAGAACAGGGCCAAGGAGGAGGAGAAUCGGUUGUUUUGAAGGGGCUUGGAUCGGCGCUUGUUCGCGCGUCUGUGGCGGCCUGUUCGUUGUACAUAUAUAUGCAUGCAUCUGGUGCGAUGGCGCAAGGCGCGCUUGUCGCCCGCUGUACAUUCUUGUAGGAUAUCCAUUGUAAGAUCGUUGUACUUCCGUUCUUAAGUCGGCGUUGCAGAACACACACAUAGAUCUAAAACCUUUCAUUGGUAUUUCCGAUUUCCAAAAGAAUAUUAAAACCUC